CUCCUUUUUUCAGUCCUCAACACUUGUAUAAGCUCUUAUUUAGUGCUUGCUUCAAUAGCAAAACCCACCUGAACACACUCUCUCUCAGCUUUGUCUCGUCUUCUCUCCACUUGUGAGCUUGAGGUCCUCCUAAUCUCUAUUUUCUUUUAUUAUUCAAGAUUCACAAAGAGAAGUUUAUCAUUGUCAUCAUCAUCAUCAGUGUAGUUUCUUUGUCUCCUUUCUUAUUUCUACCUAGUUAAUUAGGGUUUCAUAUCAUUUUUGAGCUAGCUAGAGUUGGAGUCUUUGACCUCUCUUCUCUCUCACUUUCAAUGAUGUGGUUUAUCUUCACUCUUUCUUGUUUGCCCUAGUUUGGCCUUGAAGCUCAAAAUUAUGCAUGAUCCAUGGGGAGUAUUUUAUAUGCUUUUGUUUUUGUUUUCUCCUUUUGAUCAUCAAAAGGGUUUGCCUCUUGAUUCUUAUCCCUCUCUCUAUUUUUUAUGCAAUAUUUAUUGUUUUUUUGGUUGUAUUUUAUUAUAAUUAGUGUUAAGCUUUUAAACAAAAUCUAUCUCCCAAUAUCCCAAGCUCCUUCUCUUGUCUUUGUUCUUUCUCUCUCUUGGUUUUGGUCUCCAAAUUUACCCGCAAGAGAGAUACCUUGAAAUGGGACUUUCAAGUCAUGAAGAAGAAGACAUCCCAGUUCCCUUAAACUCUACCUAUGUUCAUGGACAUGGACAUCCCCACAUGAUCCAUCAUGACCAUCUUCAUCACCAUUAUCAUCAUCAUGGUCAUAUCACCCCAUCUUCAACGUUACCUCUCCCAUCUUCCACCAACAAUAAUGGCUCCGUUUCCUCACCCAUGGAGGACCCCCAUCUCCCAACCACCUUCAAGAAGAUGACCAGAUACCGAGAAUGCCUCAAAAACCAUGCAGCCGCCAUGGGAGGCACUGCCACCGAUGGCUGCGGAGAGUUCAUGCCCAGUGGAGAAGAAGGCACCAUGGAAGCCCUAAACUGCUCCGUUUGCAACUGCCAUAGAAACUUCCACAGAAAAGAAAUUGAAGGUGAGAUUCCAAACCACCCUCCUCUAUGUGAUUGUCUCCACAAUCUCAAUACAGGUGGAAGAAAAUUGAUUUUAGGCCACCAUCAUCAUCUGAACCUUUUGCCUCCGGAGGGGUUGGGGCUUAUUUCUUCAAGGCCUCAACAGAUGAUAAUGUCGUACAACAUGGGGUUACUGCCGUCGGAGUCGGACGAUCAGGAGGAGGCGAGGCUGACACAGACGGUGAAGAAGAGACACAGGACGAAGUUUUCGCAGGAUCAGAAGGAGAAAAUGGUCAACUUUGCCGAGAAAGUUGGGUGGAAAAUUCAGAAACAAGAAGAAAGUAUAGUGCAACAAUUCUGUCAAGAGAUUGGAGUAAAGAGAAGAGUGCUUAAAGUUUGGAUGCACAACAACAAGCACAAUCUUGCGAAGAAGAAGAACAGCAACAAUAUAAAUCAUCACCCUGAAGCUCUAACUUCAAGUGGUUAAUUGAAAUAAACCUAGUUAUUAUCAGCUUCAGCUUCCUUGUUUUAUAGGGUUACAUUUUGUGUUUGUCUUGUUGAAAUCUAUAAUAAUAUUUGCUUGUUAAUUGAGGUAGAUGUUCAAGAAUCCAUUGAAUCCUUUAAGAAGGGAUUGCUUGCUGAAUCUUUUCCUAGUUUUAAGCA